AUGGCGCCGAGUGAUGACAAGUCUGAAAGUGCUGUGUGUAAAAAUCCAUGUAAAAGAUGCAAAAAUAUACCAGUUACCGGUGGUGUAGUGUGCAUAAACUGUGGGAACUCCAUGCAUCCCUCUUGUGCAAAAAAACUCACCCAUGUGAAAUUUACAAACGAAAAUUCCAUCAUUUGCUGUGAACGGGAACUUGACAUAUCGUUUGCAAGUGCAACAAGCAACGACGAAAACGAUUCAACAGUGCUAACUAACAUGGAUUCAAAGGACCUAGAAAUUAAGUAUCUAAAAAAGCUUAAUGCUCAGUUUCAGCUAUCAGAUCAAUUAUUACAAUACAAGAAAAUACCUAUUGCGCCUUCUACCGGUCAGAAGCCGAACCGCAUUAAUGAUGCUACGCUAAAAGCAAAUACUUUAGUACGCAGCGAAACAAAACAACCAAUUGACAAACGCCAACACCAAAAUGGCGGACUAAUAAACAAAACAAACCAACAACCUAUUAAAUUUACGCCAAAAGUAGUUGCCGACGCUAUCAACAAAGCGAACCUUCUACAAAAACCUCUCAACGGUGAUAUAGUUCCACAAACCAGUGACAGUACUAAGGACUCAUCUGAUUGGAAAACAAUCAAUCGGAAGUCUCAUGGCCGACCCAAAACGGUCCCAAUUAUAGGCACAGCUGCUGAUUCAAUGAGCAAACUAUGCCCAGACACAACAGUGGACCAACUUACAAACUUCCUAUGUCCUAAGUUUCCAGAAGUGACCUGUGAAUUGCUUAAUUCCAGAAAUCCCCGGAUUUACUCUUCUUUUAAAAUUACAAUAAAAAAAGAUCAACUUGAAAACGCCAUGGAAUCUUCGACCUGGCCAGCACACACCAGGGUGGCAAGGUUUUUCCACCCGCGGAGACAACCCCAGCCGCUCAGCUAG